AUGAUGAUUCUACAAUGUAUGGUCGUUAUUAUUGCUGCAUUGUUUUCGCAACUUCCCUCAAGUCAUGCACAAGGCGGCAAUGCAUGUACAAACGCAGCAAUAAACCUAUGUAACCCAUAUCCAUGUGUUCAAAUAGGUAAUGCUCCUCAAUGUCUUUGCAAUGGUGGUACAGUAGCACCUAGUGCAGCCGCGUGUAAUGGUGGUGUAAUAACGACUCAAAGUCCAAUUAUUUUUCCAAAUCAAUGUGGAAAUGCUAUAUGCCCAGCUAAUGCUGAAUGUAUACCAACCAAUCAAAAUCCAUCACAAUAUGUAUGUGUUUGUGCGACUAACGUUCUUGCGAAUCCCGAUUGCCCAUUAGUUCCGUUACCUAAUAAUCCAUGUGAUCGUGCUAACCCAUGUCAAGCCGGUAGUCGCUGUGUUGCCAAUCCAAUAACUCUUCAACCAGUUUGCAUCUGUCGAACAGGUACUUAUGGGCAAAAUUGCGGUUAUCCAUGUCGUACAGGAUGUGAUAUUAAUUGGUGUUAUAAUGGUGGUCGAUGCACUAAUGCCUAUGGUCAACCAUAUUGUUCCUGUGGACUAAACUAUCGUGGUCGACGAUGUGAACUUCGAUAUAAUAGUCAAAAUUAUGUCUAUUUAUAUUAUAAUCCAGGUUCACGUUGGUAA